UUUUUUUUUUUUGAUGUGGAGAGAGGGGAGAAAAGGGAGCGCUGGAAAGUGUUUAUUUUGUUCGGCAGCUUUUUGUGGCGUGUUUUGAAAGGGGAAAGAAAGGAAGAAAGAAAAAAAAACCAACAAAACCAACCAAACCAAAGGCUCAAAGUGGUGUCGGCGUCGGGGGGUGGUGGGGAGGAGGAGAAGAGAGGAAGAAAGAGGCAGAGGGAAGAGCCGGCGGGGAGCAGCGGCGCUGCCGGGGCUGCGGGAGCCGCCCGGACCAUGGGCUGGCGGCUGCUGCCCGUCCUGCUCGCCCUGGCGCGGGCGCAGAACGACACCGAGCCCAUCGUCCUGGAAGGCAAGUGCUUGGUGGUCUGCGAUUCCAACCCGGCCACCGACGCCAAGGGCUCGUCCUCCUCCUCCCCGCUGGGGAUCUCCGUGCGGGCGGCCAACUCCAAGGUCGCCUUCUCGGCCGUGAGGAGCACCAACCACGAACCUUCCGAGAUGAGCAACAAGACGCGCAUCAUCUACUUCGACCAGAUCCUAGUAAAUGUGGGCAAUUUUUUCACGUUGGAGUCUGUCUUUGUAGCACCAAGAAAAGGAAUUUACAGUUUCAGUUUUCAUGUAAUUAAAGUCUAUCAGAGUCAAACAAUUCAGGUUAAUUUGAUGUUAAAUGGGAAGCCAGUAAUUUCUGCUUUUGCUGGGGACAAGGAUGUCACACGUGAAGCUGCCACUAAUGGAGUCCUGCUCUAUCUAGACAAGGAGGAUAAGGUUUACUUGAAAUUGGAGAAAGGUGUGGACUCAUCAUUGCUUCUGUUACAUGAAGAUCAUUUUAUCAUCAUGGGAUUGAUGUUUCUUUAUUGGUUUUUCAUGUGUGGAUAUGGAUUCCCUUUAUGGAUUUUGGCACCAUCUGAACUACUCAGAAGUUUCACAGAAUUUUGCGUGUUUAAAUAAAAUAUACUUGGAUUGAGACUAAAGGAGACAAUAAAUAUCUAUGCUUAAUGUUACAGUCUAAAGCUGCCUGCAAGAUUUAUUCAGAUUUCAUUUACUGGACUUAUUGGAUUCAUGGGAGAAGUGGAUUUUCUUUAAUUAUGAAAAGACUGGCAACCAGGUCUAUAAUUUAGGAGAGUUUGAGUUCAGACUUCAAUCAAGAGUUAGUGUGUUGCUGCCAAAGAACUGUAUAUUGAUAUAUUGGUCAUAAAUGUUUUUGUCAUUGGGACUUAACUGACAUGACCUAUUCCAUUGUCUUGAGAAAGGUAAUUAUUAUUGAUAAGUGGUUGACUUUAAUUCUCCUCUGCGUGUAGUGUGUUAGAUGGUUCACCCGUAUAUUUAUACUCUGUCACCGGUCACAAUCAAGUCUAGCCUACAUAAAGCUAAGAGGUUACGGUUGUAUUUUAGUUGGAUGUGUAAGAUAUUCCUCUUUUCCAUGUGCUGUUUUCUAAAAAGGAGAGCAGAUCAUAACCAUUGAGAAAAAUAUUCUUACCAGGGUUAAAGGUGACCAUUGAGACACAACUUUGAAAAACAGCUUUGCCCUGCAGGAAAUCUCACACUUGUUCUUCGGUAUAAUUAACAUGAUUGAUAAUAACUGCUUUAUUAAAAACCUAUGGGAUUCCUUCCUUAGACACAACCACUUUAUUAGCUGGAAAUGAGAUCCCCUUGUUUGUAAUUAUGUCUAUUUUUCAAACCUUCCAUUGUGUUAAAGGUAUCAUCUGGUUUUGCCUUAAGUCCCAAACUGUAUAUAAUUUUAGAUCAUAUGUUUAGCAAAUAUUAAAUCCAAAUAGCUGGUACCUAACUUGGUGCAAUAUCUUUUUGGCUUUUGUACAGGUCAUAUGAAUUCAUAAACUUAUUUAUUAUGUCAUUGUUAAAUAAUAAAGAUUAAUAUAUGUUAGCUGAAUUUUUGACCUGUGGAUUUUGGAAGUUGCUUCAUGCUAUUUUUUUAUUGGAUAUAAUUAUUAUAUGCAAAGUGUAAGCUUUUGGGCCUCAGAGAAUCUGUCCCGGGAGGCAGGCACACUGUCAUAAUUUAGUCUGGCAGAAACCUAGAGGUAAUCAGAAUGAUCUAGAAAUAACCUAUGCAUUUUAUUUCAAAAACAUUCAGACAGAAAUCCUGUCUUCACUGAAGUUAGCAUUAAGAACCAAAUUGAUUCCAAAGGAUUUUGGAUGAGACCUGUGCUUUAAGUUUUGCCAUUGGCAUUAAACUCCAGUGCCAUCAAAUUGGAUAUCAGUUAAAAAUGUUUUUCACGUGUACUGCUAAUUGGACCUUCAUCCCUCAUGCCCAAAACACACACUGAAUUUUAUGGAUAUUUGUGCCUUCCAUAUCAUGAAGGAUAUGGUUCUAAAUUAAAAACUACUGUAUACUUGAGAGUGUUUGUGGAUAUCCAGCAAUCUGGGACCUUCUCUAAAAGCCAGUUUAGGCUUGGAUUUACUGUUUUAGGUAAUCUGUUUCCAAUUUCUUCACUUGUUAGCCAAGUGUAGUGUGUCAUAUUACUUUAACUGCUCUAAAUGGGUAUUUCAUUGAUUUAAACUCUAAUGCGUGGCUGGUUGAUGCUCUUGAUAAAAAUGUCAGGGAAUCGGUAGCUCAGAAUUGUGCCCAAAUUCCAUUUUUUUCUAGAACCAACAUACGGUGUUUUUCAGCAAUUUCAGGAGGAUAAGUGGACACAUUUGCACUCCUAUGAGAUAAGUCAGAUGAGGAGGUAAUUUUUUAGAGUAUUGUUUCUGUACAGAGCAGUGUGGUUUGGGAGGAAGUGGAAAGACAUGGCAAGAAAGUGAAUGAUUUAUAUAACUGAAAAAUAUAAAAAAGUUUUCCAUUAUGACUAAUCAAAGUUUAUCCCCACUGUACCCCAAAAUAUGUCUGUGUGUAUAUAUAUGUAUAUCCAACACUCCCUGGGAUUGCAGCACAUAUUAUGCAUGAUAUUACAAAAAAGUAUUUGUCAUAAGAGUUUAUUUUAGAGGAGAACAUCAGUAUUUUGUAUAAAGUUAGUAAAAUCUGAAAGCUCACCUUACCUAUUGAAUUAUGUGUAAUGUAAAGGAAACAUUGUUCCUAAAGAGACAGAAGAAAAAUAGCAUUAAAGGUGCCAAUAUAAUUUUCACAAUGAUUAAAGGUAUCUAAUUUCUUUAUUGUGUAAACAUAUGAUCUUUAAAAGCUGCCUGUAGCAUUCAGCAAUAAUAGUGAACUAUCCUAAUAUACUGUUGAUUUCCCUUUGGCAAAACCAUUCUGAUUGCUUCGGAGUCAUUAACAGUUAUUGAAACUUUAUCUAGAGAGUCUAGGAAGUUAUUCAAUUAAGGAGAUAUGUUUUGACGGCAAUAUCGUAAAUUUUCCUUCUCGGCCUCUACAAUCAGAAUUACUAACUAAUUAUUCUGCUACUAGGAAAAGUUUCAGAGAAGUCUCUGUAAAGCAGCUUGUGUUCUCUUCACACAACAGUGGGCACUGACUCCUCUCGGAGGUGCCCUCUGGAGAUGGGCAGUUCCCUUAGGUCACAUUUAGAUGUUUAAACAAGUAACCAAGGUUUUUAAACUUCAAUUUGAGCUACUUUCCAGAUCUUGAGCUUAUUUUCGUUGUGUUGUCCCACACUUCAGUUCUAUCAGUAGAAGUUUCUCCCAGAAGGGGUGGGAUAAGCUGGCCUAGGUGGAGUUGGGUCUGGAAACUACUGGUUUUCUUCUCUCUUGCCUCGUUCCUUUCCCUUGUGUCUUCCAGUGUUACUGCUACAGCAGUUUGCUUCUUCAGAAGCAACAGCUCAGAAUACACUUCAGAUUUCAAAGGGUUUUUAAGAUUAGAGGUUUGAUUUUUUUUUUUAGAGAACUUAAACUUCCAUUGAGCUGCACUGUAAAGGUUAGAGCUGAAUUUCUGAUCCCGCUGAAUUCGAUGAUGCUGUUCUGAUCGAUUUUGGUGAGGGCAGAAUUUCCCAGUCUGUGCACAGCUCUUGCUGCAGAACAUGUUGAGGAUCCAUACCUGGAUUCUUCAACGUAUACCCACUUUGCAGUCAACUUUGUAGCUCACAAAGAUUGAUUGUGCAAGAAAACUUUCUGACCAUGUGUGGGAAAGAUAAAAGAUAAAUGUUACUUUCUGACAAUAAUAUGUAUAUUAUUAUCUGUGAUCUCUUUACAAAGGAGAUCAGUAUUUUUACCUUCUUAUCUGUGAUUUAUUUAUGUUUAUAUUUUGUCCAUGGUUUAUUACGAAACCAAGGAAAAAAAAGAACUAGUCCUUCUCAGGUGAUGUAAAUGUUUUUGAUAGAGCCAGGAGUACCCUGGUCUCGUAGAUUUGUCCAGUGUAGAAAGCUGCGCUGUCCUGUUGAAUCCUAUUUGCUAUGAAGAAUUUAGGCUACAUAUGCCAAAUAACUGCAGAGCCAAAAAAGAUAUGGCUCAAAAGAGCCUGAGUAAUGGAAGUGUUUUUGGAAGGGGCCCUGAGGUAGCUUUGAAAAUUUCACCAGCAGUUUUGUCUUUACUUAGAAAAGAAAAAACUAACUUUGAAGCAUAAAGAAGGAAAACAUAUUUCUUUGUUUUUAAGCAACAUUUUGUAUUUGUCUUGUGUUGUGUCCUUUGCUAGUAGUGUUUGAAUAUUUUCUGAGUGUUAAUUAGGUUACUUUGGGCAGGUCAUGGCACAGUAUGUAUUGAAACCUCAGUGUUAUUACUGAGAAAGUGGAGACAGGGUUUGGGAAGCGACUGAAGCCAUACUCGGAGUGUCAGCUCAUCCACCAUUGGGGCUUGAUCCUGUUCAGCUUGCUGGAUUAAUUGUUUUUUCUGAUACAAGGCAUUUUUUUAAAACAAAAGAUGGUUUUGGAGUAAAUGGCAUACUGCUGUAUUGCCUUUUCUGUACUAUUUAGAUGUCUACAUCUAGAAAGAUGAAUGCAGUGAAACAGGACAGUUUUAAAUGCCUUAAGAAUUUUGCAAUUAGCUGUCAACUCCAUCUUUUUCUUUUUUUGCAACCCCCCAAAGGAACACAUCUGCAGUAUAUAUAGUAUUUUUACAAGCAGGUUUUCGAAUAGAGAAGAUAAAUGCAAGAAGCGGUAUGUCAUAAUCACAAGGAAGCUGGACCAUUAACAAGAAAUAUGGGCUGAAGCUUAGAAGCAGAUAUAUGUUCUCCUCCUUUUAUAAGGGUUUCUGAGUUGAUUACAUGUUUUGCCUUAGCUAUUCAUUACAAUUGCCCUUCGUAUUGUAAGAUCUCUUUAUAAUAGUCAAACUCUUUGUCUUUUAAAGACAAUGUUAACCAGAUGACGCAAUAUAAAUAAAUGAAGAUCCUCAGUGACAGAAUUUAUUGGUUGGCAUGUGCCACAACAACAUAUUUUUUUUUGUAUUAUUGCUGUCCAGACAGAAAAGGCUCCUGUGAGAAAAGACACUGUCUUAGACACUGAGCUAAAGUUAUUUAUCUGUUGCUGGUUAGGAAUGAAGGAGAGGAAUAUCUCUUACCCUAGAGGACUAAGGGGAAUGCAUACAAAAAUAAUGAUAAAAUCAGUCACCGUUAUAUAAGUGAUGAUGAAAUAAUGGAAAUGUGGCUUGAAUAGUCUGUUUAGUGGAACUUGGGAUCUAAGUCAUUUGAUGGAAGCAAUCACUAUUUUAAUCUUCACAGUUUGAGGGAAGGGAAAAAGGCAGUUGCAUAAUUUUUAACAGGUUCCCCUCCUCCCCCCUUUCCCCCCUCCCCCUCUUCU